GAUUUUCGAUGGGAAUGAUAACAUCUCUAAACGUGCUGCUCCAUCCCUGGUCAUGUAGAUUCUCUUUUCCUAACUUUGAGUGAAAGUUUUGUGAAAAUAUAGCUGAUCUUGCGUUUCGUUUUUUAACUAACCGUCAUUCAAGUUUAAAUCUACAUGCAACUCACCAAGACCUGAUCCGCAAGUGAAAAGUGGAAGUUUUGGUGAAAAAAUGGUGUUGAAGAGCAUUGUUCGUGAGCUUUUGGAUCUGCGAGAUGGUAUAGGGAGCAUAUCAAGAAGAAGUUCAGAUGGAAGACAUAAUUCGAGACGGCGAGGGCGGUCAUAUAUCGCUCCUGAGGGUUCUACAUCGUCAUCUUCAUCAAUAAUUGAUCAGAGCCGGUGGGCAAAUAUUCCCCCUGAAUUGCUUGUUGACAUAAUUCAGCGUGUAGAAGCCAGUGAGACUUCCUGGCCUGCCAGGAGGGAUGUCGUUGCUUGUGCUUCGGUUUGUAAGUCUUGGAGGGCCAUUACAAAGGAGCUUGUUAAGACUCCUGAGCAAUGCGGCUUACUUUCUUUUCCCAUCUCUCUGAAGCAGCCCGGUCCGAGAGAUGCUCCAAUUCAGUGCUUUAUUAGGAGGGAAAGGCCGACUGGAACAUAUAGACUAUAUCUUGGUCUCAGUCCUGCUCUUUCAGGUGAUAUGAGUAAAUUGCUGUUGGCAGCAAGAAAAAUCAGAAAGGCAACAAGCACUGAUUUUAUCAUAUCCUUAGUUGGCGAGGAUUUCACUCGAACAAACAGUACUUAUGUUGGAAAACUGAGGUCUAAUUUCCUCGGAACUAAAUUCACAAUUUACGACAGUCAGCCUCCCUGCGACCCUGCCAUCCAAUCCAAUUGUAAGUUGCAGCGAAAAAUCUUCCCGAAACAGGUAACUCCAAAUGUACCUGCUAGUAACUACAGUGUGGCUACCAUAUCUUACGAGCUCAACGUCCUCCGUACCAGAGGCCCAAGGAGAAUGCAGUGCACCAUGCAUUCAAUUCCUAUCUCUUCUGUUCAAGAAGGGGGCACUGCUCCUACGCCGACAGAAUUCACAAAUUUUCGUGAUGAGCAAUUUCCUACCGUUCCAGUAUCGAAUGGAAAGAAGCCACUUGUUGGAUUCAGCUCCAAUAGCCUUGCUGAGCCACUGGAAUCAAUCCUCAACACUAAGGAUCCUCUGGUUUUGAAAAAUAAAGCUCCUAGAUGGCAUGAGCAAUUGCAGUGUUGGUGUCUAAAUUUCAAAGGACGAGUUACGGUAGCCUCUGUGAAGAAUUUUCAGCUAGUGGCGUCUGCAGAGCCAUCCCAAAAUGUAUCGGUGUCAGAACAAGAAAAAGUAAUUUUACAAUUUGGAAAAAUUGGGAAAGACAUUUUUACUAUGGAUUACCGAUACCCCCUCUCUGCCUUCCAAGCCUUUGCAAUCUGCUUGAGCAGCUUUGACACUAAACCAGCUUGUGAAUGAUCACCAGGGGACAUGCUCAUGUUAGUCUUGCCUCCAAUUUAGUUGUACAUAAUCGUUUUGAUGGAAGCACUUUAGGCUUUGGUCUUUGUUGUGAAUAUCUUUGUCUGUAGGCAUCUCUUUUAUGUAACUACAGCAACGAUAGUGUAAUUUAUGUUACCAAAUAUACCAAUCGACAGAAAGGCCACUCCAUGACAUUUCUCGAAGAGUAUGUAGCUUCAUGACUUUGAAAAAAUUUAUCUUUAAUUUUGCAGGACUCAGAUUGAUUCUCUUAA